AACCUUCACCCCCCAUUAAAAACUCAGAUCCACCGCCUCCCUUUAUAAAAAAAAACCUUACACACUACCACCUUUUUUUUUUUUGUUCUCUCUUUCGCCUAUUUUUACGGUGGAACAGUGAAAAAAACAAUACCCAGAACGUUAGAUCACGUUGUUAUCGACAUACCAAGAUGCAGUCAACCAACGGUACUGAUUUGAGCUCAAAACAAGAACAAAAACAACAGCCGCCGCCGCAACAACCCCCGCAGUGGGUGGCGAACCAGUGGAUGGGAGCCAUGCAGUACCCGACGACGGCGGCUAUGGUAAUGAUGCAGCAGCAACAGAUGAUGAUGUACCCUCAUCAUUAUAUGGCUUAUAAUAAUCAUUUCCAGUACCAACAAUAUCAACAACAGCAAGGUAAACAGCAAUACCAGCAGCAGCAGCAAAGCUAUUCAACGAAACAACAACAACAUGGAUCUAACUCGGAUGAGGUUAAAACGAUCUGGGUUGGUGACCUAGUUCAUUGGAUGGAUGAGAGUUAUCUUCAUAGUUGCUUUUCUCACACUGGAGAGGUUUCUUCUGUAAAGAUUAUACGCAAUAAGCAAACUGGUCAGUCUGAAGGAUAUGGCUUCGUGGAAUUUUACUCACGGGAAGCAGCUGAAAAGGUUUUGCAAAGCUAUAAUGGCUCUUUAAUGCCAAAUACUGAACAGCCUUUUCGUUUGAAUUGGGCUUCAUUCAGUGUGAAUGAAAGGCGACCUGAUUCAGGCUCUGACCUAUCUAUAUUUGUAGGAGAUUUGGCUGCGGAUGUAACUGAUACAAUGUUGCAUGAAACCUUUUCUAGUAGAUUUCAAUCUGUCAAAGGAGCAAAAGUUGUUAUUGAUUCAAAUACUGGUCGUUCUAAAGGUUACGGUUUUGUUAGGUUUGGUGAUGAAAAUGAAAGGUCAAGGGCCAUGACUGAAAUGAAUGGUGUGUAUUGCUCAAGUAGACCUAUGAGAAUUGGUGUUGCUACUCCCAAGAAAGCAUCCGGAUAUCAGCAACAGUAUUCUUCACAAGCUGUGGUAUUGGCCGGUGGAAAUGCAUCAAAUGGUGCUGUAGCCCAAGGUUCUCAAUACAAUAAUGAUUCAAAUAAUGCUACCAUAUUUGUUGGAGGACUUGACUCUGAUGUUAGUGAUGAUGAUCUCAGACAACCCUUUUCCCAGUUUGGUGAGAUCAUCUCUGUGAAAAUACCACCUGGAAAAGGUUGCGGAUUUGUGCAAUUUGUGAACAGGAAGAACGCUGAGGAAGCAAUUCAGAGUUUGAACGGGACAACCAUAGGGAAGCAGACUGUACGUCUUUCUUGGGGUCGCAAUGUAAACAAACAGUGGAGAGCCGAUUCGGGUAACCAGUGGAAUGGAGGAUAUUAUCAAGGGCAAGUAUAUGGUGGUUAUGGUUAUGGUUACGGCUAUGCUAUGCCAUCAAAUCAGGAUCCGAGCAUGUAUGCUGCAGCUGCUAUUCCGGGUGCAUCUUAACAGGGGUUUAAGAGAUGAAAGCAUGUAUGAGAAUUAACAAUGGCUUGUAAUCUGAACUUUCAGGUGAAGUUUUUAACAUUUUUUUCAUCAGAUUUACCAAUUAAGUAGGAUGGGUUUUGCUUGCUGCUUUAGCUGGAUCUUCAGGCUCAAGAAUUUUGUUGCUGGAUUUAUUUACAACUUUAAAUUGUGUUUGAGAGUUUUCUUC